GCGCUGCGCGGGUCGGGGCUCGCGCCGCGGCCGCCGUUGGCGGGAGAGGGGCGGGGGCGGCGAGGCGGGAGCCGGGGCUGAAGCGCGGGGCUGGAAGCCGCCCGGGACGUUCGGAGAGCGAACGGCUCACUCCUCUCUGCGCUGCGUGUAAGUCGCUCACCUCACGUCAGUUUGUGUCCCGCUGUGACAGGAGUAAAUGCUUUUCUGAAAAGAUUCUUAGCGGUGACGGAGAUGAUCGGAAGAAGGAUGAUUCUGUGAAACUGAAGGCAUUUGUCAAGGACUGCGACUUGCUGCAAGACAAAAAUGCAACAUGUUUGACCAACUGCUUCUUUUGUGAAGAAGAAACACUCUUGUUAAAAAAAUAUAAAUUUGCCAUGGCUGAAUAAUACAGCAGCCUCAAGACUUUUCAUAUAUUUGGAUAAACACUGUGUAUGAUACAGCUGUGCUACUGAACUGAAAGUGUACCAGCUCCAUGGAUUUCCUUCAAAUUCCCACUAUAGCUACUUGGUAGUAAGUUAUCUUGUGAGAAGGUCUGGCAGGUGUGCAAGGAUCAGUUUUGAUGCUUCUGCUGCUGACCCACAGAAUUCAGGAGCUGGUGGAGGCGUGCAGCUGUGCCCCUGCUCAUCCGCAGCAGCUCAUCUGUGAUUCUGCUUUAGUGAUUCGAGCAAAAAUAUCCAGUGAAAAGGUGGUUCCUGCCAGUGAUGAUCCUCUCGAUACCCACAAAAUGAUCCGGUAUGAAAUCAAACAAAUAAAGAUGUUUAAAGGAUUUGAAAAGCUCAAGGAUGUCCAGUAUGUCUAUACCCCCUUUGAUUCAUCACUCUGUGGAGUGAAACUAGAAGCAAACAACAAAAAACAGUACCUUUUGACAGGCCAGAUUUUAAAUGAUGGUAAAGUCCUCAUCCAUUUAUGCAACUACAUUGAACCAUGGGAUGAUUUAUCCUUGUCUCAAAAGAAGAGUCUUAAUCAGAGAUAUCAAAUGGGCUGUGGCUGCAAAAUUACUACCUGCUACAUGGUGCCCUGCUCAAUCACUGCACCAAAUGAGUGCCUCUGGACAGACUGGCUGAUAGAAAGAAAGCUAUACGGGCACCAAGCCAAGCAUUACGCCUGUAUCAAGAGAAGUGAUGGCACUUGCAGCUGGUACCGAGGUGGCCCUCCCCCAGAGAAAGAGUUUAUUGACAUCAGCGAACCUUAAAGUGAUCACUUCCUAAAAAGCCUUGGAGUCUAAUUCCAUCAAAAAUUGCACGCUCACAGCUUUGAACUGCUAUCGUCUAAUGUAUCCACUGCUUAGAAACAAAAACAAAUUGUCCUGUAAAGCUAAAGUACGAGUCUUUGGAAUUGGCACUCAGGCAAGAAGAGGAACAAAUCUCCCUGGAGAUAGCUACUCCUUAAGUCCUGCUUUGUACAGAGAGGCUCAAACUGAGAAUGCUGCUCUGUGUUUUAUAAGGCAUAACAAGUUUCCUUUUUUUACCAAUAUGAAUGUAUAAGAACAUAAGAAUGGUCAGAAAUCUGUCCCUAUUUCUGCUAACCUACAGAUUGAAAGAGCUCCACAUUUUGUUUCAAAUCAUUCUGAUGAACUAAUGAAUGUUUUAUAGAACUAUUUUUUUCCCAUAUGAAAGUCUUCUGGUACAAAAGAAUUACUGUACAGUGUAUAUGUAAAGUAUUUUAACAAUCUGCUAUAAAAGAUUCAAAAAUCCUUGUUUUCUCCUUACCUUUUCAAACAAGUUGAACACUUCUGUGAUUAAAACAAUCUAUGCUCCACA